UUCUGAACAGUGAACACCCACACACACUAUAAAAUCCGAAAACUGUCGUAUGUAUAAUUGCUUCUCUCCAGUCUUUUUGGCGGCUCUCAAAGCGGCUUCGAAGAUUUCUUCUGCUCCUCAUAGAAACCCUAAUUCCCUCGCAGCAUAUAUAUAUACACGUUAAUAUAUGUUUUAAUCAAUUUUCUUAUUCUGAAUUUGAAAAUUUUUGAACCUGAAUUUGGUGAGAACGAUAAUGGAGGGUCCGAUAGGGCAAAAGCAGCAACAGCAAGAGUUCGCUUUGGUCUCGGUCUCUGAGCUUUCUUCGUCUUCUUCAGCAUCUCCGUCUGAGCCGGCAGUUGCUCGGUUCUGUUCCGAUUCCGGAGUCGCCGAGCUUCGAUUUUACAAGGAACCUGAAUCGAUUGCUGCCAAGAAUGUUAAUCUUCGGAUAUCUCAGCUUUUCAAACUGGGACCUGUUCGAUCAGUUUGCAUAUCUGAAGGUUCUGAUGCCAGCAAGGAGACAUCAUAUACAAGCGGAGUCACUGUUGAGUUCAGAAACGAGGAGGAGGGCAGGGCCUUCCAUUUUGCAUUUGAGCAAUGGAAAAAUGAAGUUAUUCAAGGAAAUCAGUUACCAAAUGGAACAGUUUUGGAUGCUAGAAGCAAGUUUGAUGAUAAAAUAGAGCCAUCUUCAGCUAAAAUGUAUUUCCAUUAUUAUGGACAACUGUUGCAUCAGCAAAAUAUGUUACAGGAUUAUGUGAGAACAGGAACUUAUUAUGCUGCUGUUCUUGAGAACCGAUCAGAUUUUACUGGUCGUGUAGUUGUUGAUGUUGGUGCUGGUAGUGGAAUUCUAUCAUUAUUUGCUGUUCAGGCCGGUGCAAAGCAUGUUUAUGCUGUGGAAGCGUCCGAGAUGGCAGAAUAUGCACGAAAACUUAUUGCUGGAAACCCAUCUCUGGGUCAACGGAUUACAGUAGUCAAAGGUAAAGUUGAGGAAGUUGAAUUGCCAGAGAAAGCAGAUAUUCUGAUCUCAGAACCAAUGGGAACAUUGUUGGUUAAUGAAAGAAUGUUGGAGUCCUAUGUUAUUGCAAGAGAUCGAUUUCUUACCCCAAAUGGGAAAAUGUUUCCUACAAUUGGCAGGAUGCAUAUGGCACCUUUCAGUGAUGAAUAUUUGUUUAUUGAAAUUGCAAAUAAGGCCCUAUUUUGGCAGCAACGGAAUUAUUAUGGUGUUGAUUUGAAGCCCUUACAUGGAUCUGCAUUCCAGGGAUACUUUUCUCAGCCCGUGGUAGAUGCUUUUGAUCCCAGAUUGUUGGUGGCUCCUCCAAUAUUUCAUGUGAUAGACUUUAUGAAAAUUAAGGAAGAGGAGUUAUAUGAAAUUGAUAUUCCAUUGAGAUUCAUCUCCUCUGUGGGCGCCAGAGUGCAUGGGCUAGCUUGCUGGUUUGAUGUAUUGUUUGAUGGGAGCACCGUACAAAGAUGGCUUACUACUGCACCUGGUGCACCAAUAACGCACUGGUAUCAAUUGCGCUGUGUUCUCUCUCAGCCGAUUUAUGUCAUGGCGGGACAAGAAAUUACUGGCAGACUCCAUAUGACCGCGCACAAUGCUCAGAGUUAUACGAUAUAUCUUACAUUAUCUGCUAAAAUGUGGGGCCCUGGUGCUGAACAGGGAGGAAUAAUUCAGGCAUCAUCAUGCAAACUUGAUCUCAAGGAGCCCUACUACAGAAUGUCUCAACCGCAGGCUUAUCCGUUAGCCCAAGAUCAGCAACCACAUCAGCUAAUAAGCACACAGGAUAUACAAGUUUCGUCGCAAGAUUUAGAAGAACGUGAAUUAAUGCAGCAACCAUCACCAAACUCUGGCGCGCAGCUCAAUUCUAUGAUGGAAAAUAUUUAAAUUUAGAGGUGCAAAAGGAACAUUUUUAACACUUGCAUCUGUUCGUAACAUAAACCUGCUUUCCCUAGCAGUGCAAGGAUAGGCGUCCGUCCAACAAGUUUAUUUAUGGCCCCACUAGGUCUGAUCCCUGUAAAUUAUUGUGGCAUGAUUUAACCAU